AAAUUAACGAAAAUUUCUAAAAGGAUAUAUAGUUUUAAAGAAAAGUUGCAGAAAUGAUUUCGAUAUUCAAAAAACUUAGCUCGUUUUAUAACGUUUAUGUGUUGGCAAUUCUGACCAUCGGUUAUAUAUUGGGUGAAUUGGGUCAUUACUUGAUAGGUGUCACAUCAAAGCAGACUGCUAUCGAAUUGGACUAUGGUGACCAUGCUUGUCAACAAAAUAAUACAAAUUUUCAAAGACGAGAAUUACCACAGCAGUGUUCCACAGUAAAGGAUGAAGACAGUUGCACAGCUUUAGACCUAAACGGUACCGCCUAUUGCGAAUGGAAUUACAAUGGUUUGGGUAUUGAAUAUCAAAUACUGGCUGGUCCAACCUUUAUAUUGGUAUUUACGAUUUGUGGUGUUUUUAUGGGUUUUGCAGCUGAUAAAUAUAAUCGCGUUAAACUUUUAACGGUUUGUACAUUGGUCUUUGCAGUGGCUAUAAUUUUGCAAGGCACUGUGAAGGAAUAUUGGCAAUUGGCAUUAUUAAGAAUGAUAAUGGCAGCAGGUGAAUCUGGUUGUAAUCCGUUGGCUACUGGCAUUAUGUCUGACAUAUUUCCUGAACAUAAACGUGCACUGGUUAUGGCUAUUUUCAAUUGGGGAAUUUACGGUGGUUAUGGUAUCGCUUUUCCCGUGGGUCGUUACAUAACUAAAUUGAACUUUUUCGAUCUUGGUUGGCGUAUAUGUUAUUUUGGCGUUGGUAUAUUGGCAGUGAUUAUUGCCGUACUCACAGGCACCACACUUAAAGAACCAGAAAGAAAAGCAAUUGGUGACGCAAAUGGUCAGAUGAAAAAUGGCGAAAAAGUCAAUCUAUGGAAGGUUUUAGUUAAUCCAGCUAUGAUUAUGCUUAUGUUGGCUGCUUCUAUUCGUCAUUGUGGUGGCAUGACUUUCGCCUAUAAUGCCGAUUUAUACUAUAAUACAUACUUUCCUGAAGUAGACUUGGGUUGGUGGUUGUUCAUGGUCACUAUUUGUAUUGGCAGUGUUGGUGUUGUAGUUGGUGGCGUAGUUUCGGAUAAAAUUGUUGCAAAAAUGGGUGUACGUUCUCGUGCAUUUGUUUUAGCUAUUAGUCAAUUGAUUGCCACAUUACCAGCAUUUGGUUCAGUGUAUUAUGAACCAUUUUGGGCAAUGGUUACUUUAGGAUCCAGUUACUUCUUCGCAGAAAUGUGGUUUGGUAUUGUAUUCGCAAUUGUUGUAGAAAUCGUACCUCUUCAAGUGCGUUCAUCUACUAUCGGAGUAUUCCUGUUUGUUAUGAAUAAUAUCGGUGGUAAUCUUCCCAUCUUAGUAGAUCCAAUUGCCAAGGUUAUUGGUUAUCGUGGUUCUAUUAUGAUUUUCUAUGCUGGUCUUUAUGGAACAAGUUCUAUACUCUUCUUCAUAACCUGUUUCUUACUCGAGGGUAAACCAAGUACCGAGGAAAAGGAUAAAAAUAACACUGAGACACAUACUCGCAAUUUGCAUGGCCAUGAUAAUUCAGUCUUCGCCGUUGAUGAGACAUUACCACAUAAUGGUCGUCUUGCUGUUAUGCCACAGAGUUUACAAAUGAAAAAUAUUGAAAAGUCACAGCCUCAAAAUGGACUUUCAGCGCGUGAGAGUAGCAGACUGUAGAAAUGUGUUUUCUUACUAGGGUUAAAAGCCCGCAUAUGUAUGAAAUUAUGAAUUGUGUAUGAUUAUAAAAGUGUGAUUUUUUUUUUACCGUUUAGAUUUUAGUUAUUUAAGGAUACAGUAAAAAAGCCAAACAAUUGUUUAAGAUUGUUUUUAGUGGAUAGUUUUUUUUACUGACAAAUAUAUAUAUUUUUAUUUUUGUAAUGAAUUGAAAUUAUUGUAUUUUUAGAUAAAGUACUUCUAAAACGUGCUAACAUUGUGAA